GAGUCGGAAACGCGAAAGCAGCUCCGUGUCUGAGGCUGAGCGGACUCGGUGUGUGUGUGUCGGUGUGUGUUGGUGUGUGUUGGACGGAGUGUGUGUUGGACGGCGGUGUGUUGCAGCGCCUCAGUCCGCAGGAAAGCAGCAGAUCUCGGUCUUCUCAGACGGAGUUUGGCCGCGGUGGGAGCAGCAGGCACAGCCGGCGGGGGUUCACUCGAUCUCGGCUUGGAGAUCUUCCUCCUCCCGGCGAGGAAAAAGCAUCCGGAGGCCCGCAGCCCGCAGCCCGCAGCCCCGACACGGCGGGAGGCUUUUCCCCCAGAAAUGGACGGCUUCGCCGGCAGUUUGGAUGACAGUAUGUCUGGAGCGAGUGUUUCUGAUGUGAAUGACCGUCUGUCUGCGUUGGAGCUCCGGGUUCAGCAGCAGGAGGAUGAGCUGACGGUGAUGAAGGCGGCGCUGGCCGACGUCUUGCGUCGCCUCGCCGCCUCUGAAGACUCCGCCCCCUCCAAGAAACAGCAUGGUGGAAAAGGUGGAGCUGCUCUGCGCGAAGCAUUUUCCAUGUCAUGCAUCGCCAACGGAGGCUCCACUGGACGCAAGAGAGACUCCGCCUCUGUCACCAGGAAGGAGACGGUGUCAUCUGCUGCCAAAAGUGGAGGAGAGAGGAGGAAGGAGAGCAGCAACCAGCGAUCUCAGAUGGAGGAGAUCGAAGAACGUGAGGAACCCAAACCUCUAACGGACCUGGCCGAAGACAAACCGGCCUUCUCCCCCUCCUCCUCCCCACACCCGCCUCAGCCCUCCCAAACGCCCCACCCUCACCAGCCCCCGAGACCGGCCCAGCCCGCCGACAGCAGCAAAGGCCCCUCCUCCAUGAAAAGGGGGGCCAGUAUGAAGCGAGGUUCGGGGAUGGAGCGUUCCCAGAGCAGCACCUGGGAGACAGGUGAAGAAACCAGGAACAAACUGGUUAAAGCCGCUUCCACCUCCAAACUGCUGGCCAAAGUGGUGAAGAACGCCGAGAGGCACCGGGAGCCCGUGGUCAGUCAGGCCAAAUUAUCGACCCGUGAGAAAAACAGCCAAGCUGAGGGGAAUCACAUCAAGAUGUUCAUGCGUGGUCGACCGAUCACCAUGUUCAUCCCUUCAGACGUGGAGAACUACGAGGACGUUCGGACAGAGCUGCCUUCAGAACGGCUCAAGCUGGAAUGGGUGUACGGGUACCGGGGGAGGGACUGCCGAGCCAACGUCUACCUGCUCCCCACCGGAGAGAUCGUCUACUUCAUCGCCUCGGUCGUCGUCCUGUUCAACUACGAGGAGCGAACGCAGCGCCACUACCUGGGACACACCGACUGCGUCAAAUGUCUUGCUGUCCAUCCUGAUAAGAUCCGCAUUGCUACAGGACAGAUCGCAGGAGUGGACAAAGAUGGACGGGCGCUGCAGCCUCAUGUGCGGGUGUGGGACAGCGUCAGCCUCUCCACGCUGCAGGUCGUCGGUUUGGGGACGUUUGAGCGCGGCGUCGGCUCGCUCGCCUUCUCUAAAGCUGAUUCUGGACAGCAUCUGAGUGUGAUUGAUGACUGUAACGACCACAUGCUGACGGUUUGGGAUUGGCAGAAGAAGAGCAAGAUCGCCGAGAUCAAGACGACCAACGAGGUGGUCCUGGCCGUGGAGUUCCACCCCACCGACGCUCACACCAUCGUGACCUGCGGGAAGUCGCACAUCUUCUUCUGGACGUGGAGCGGCACGUCGCUCGCCCGCAAGCAGGGCAUCUUUGGGAAAUUCGAGAAGCCGAAGUUCGUGCAGUGUUUGGCCUUCCUGAGCACCGGAGACAUCCUGACCGGGGACUCCGGGGGCGUCAUGCUCGUCUGGACCCGGAGCUCCGCCGAGCCGCCUCCGGGGAAGGGACCCAAAGCGUUCCAGAUCAGCCGGCAGGUCAAAGGUCACGAGGGCAGUGUGUUCUGUGUGUGUGAGAUGAGAAGUGGAACUCUGCUGACCGGCGGAGGAAAAGAUCAUAAAAUCAUCCUCUGGGACCACGACCUGCACCUGGACCGAGAGAUCCAGGUGCCGGAGCAGUAUGGGACGAUCCGGGCGGUGGCAGAGGGGAAGGGGGAGGAAUUUCUGGUCGGGACGUCCCGUAACUUCAUCCUGAGAGGAACCUUCAACGAUGGCUUUCUGGUGGAGGUUCAGGGUCACACAGACGAGCUGUGGGGUUUGGCGUCUCACCCGUUCAGAGAAAUGUUUCUGACCUGCGCUCAGGACCGGCUGGUCUGCCUCUGGGACUCCACCCAGCACAGCCUGCAGUGGAGCCGCACGCUGGAGGAACAUGGACACUGUGCAGACUUCCAUCCCAGUGGAGCGGUGGUUGCCAUAGGAACACACUCAGGAAAGUGGUACGCUCUGGACGCCGACACCACUGACCUUGUCGCCAUCCACACCGACGGCAACGAGCAGCUGUCAGUCAUGCGCUACUCUGUAGAUGGCAGUCUGCUGGCUGUAGGAUCUCAUGAUAACUUCAUUUACCUCUACACUGUGGCUGAGCGAGGCCGCAAGUACAGCCGAUACGGCAAGUGCACGGGACACAGUAGCUACAUCACUCACCUGGACUGGUCACCUGACAACAACUUCAUCAUGUCCAACUCAGGGGACUACGAGAUCCUUUACUGGGACAUUCCCAACGGCUGCAAACUGAUCCGGAACCGCUCCGAGUGCAAAGACAUCGACUGGGCCACCUACACCUGUGUGCUGGGAUACCACGUGUUCGGUGUGUGGCCGGAGGGCUCUGACGGCACUGACAUCAAUGCUUUGAUCAGAUCUCACAACAGGAAGGUGAUCGCCCUCGCAGAUGAUUUCUGCAAAGUUCACCUGUUCGCCUAUCCCAGUUCCAGAGCUAAGGCUCCCUCUCAUAAGUACAGUGCCCACAGCAGUCAUGUGACCAACGUCAGCUUCCUGUUCAGCGACAGUCACCUGAUCUCCACGGGAGGGAAGGACACCAGCAUCAUGCAGUGGCGUCUGGUCGAGAAAACGCCCUCAUUGGUUCCCAGUGACUCCUCCCUGUCGCUUGGGGAGGGGCUUCUCCAUAACUCCACCCCCAGGAGGAUGGACUCUGUCUUGACCCCGCCCCCGCCCACCACCUCAGUCUCCCCCCUGAACGCACCCUCUGACGACCCGUCCGACCGCCCCACGGCCAAUGGGGUGCGGGAGACCUCCCCGGAAACCCCGCCUCCUGCUGAUUUAGUACCGCCCCCCUCAGAGUUAACACCUCCCUGCUCCGAGUCGACCCCGCCCCCUUCCGACAGCACGGUGAGCCCGAAGGACAGCCUGGAGCCGAGCGACGACACGGCCACGCCCAGCGACGAGGGCCUGCCCCCCUUCACCCCCCCCUCAUAGAGAGAGAGCCCGUCUCUCGCCCACCGCUCCUCCCGUCACACCUCGCUUCCCCCCACUGCAUGUGUGUGAGUGUGAGUGCGUGUGUGCAUGUUUGUGUGUGGGUGUGUGUGUGUGUGUGUGGGUGUGUGUUGGGAAGUCUUAAGCAGCUGCUGGUUUCAUUCCUGAGGAAGCCCUGCCUCCCAAAUCUGUUGCCACGGCAACCAGAGUACAGACAGGAAGUCAGAACCCUGACUUCCUCCCCGAGUCGGCGAAGUGAGUAAAACCAGCUGAUCAAUAGCUGAUCGCUGAUCAAUAGUCAGUUGGGUCAGAGGCUGACGUUACACAUCAAACAGAAAAUGAUCGAGGUUAGACGGUUUCUCUGCACCUGCAAGUUUCAGCCAAUCAGCUUCAGGCUCCAGAUGCCACCUGAUGACGUCACAUGAAUACCUGCAGUUCCCCCUCUGACCCGCAGGUGUCAGUACAGACUUUACCUCACACAGCGUCUGCUGGAGAUCACAAACUAAAUUUAAUCUCGAACAGAUAGAAAAGUACUUGGAAUAAUCUAAUAAUCUAAAUUCUACAUUAUUAAUCUUUAACAGUUUGAAUUAAGUUGUUUCUGUGCAGUUUAACAGUUAAAGGCUGAAAGAAGCUGAAACACAAACAAGUUGCAUGGAAAGUUUCAUUUGUAACGUCGGCCUGAGACUUUGUGAUGAAGAUGGUGAUGCAGUUUGGAUGAGGACCAAUCAGGACGCAGAGAGGAGGUACAGGUAGAUCUGUGGGCGGUUAACCGGCUGGUAUUAACCUGCGUCUCAGGUGAUCAGACUAGCAUCCAACCUGCAGCGGUCAGGGAGGCGUGGCCAGCGCUCUGGCAGGUGUUCUUAACAGUUUGUAAACAGGAAGUAGAAACUUUUUAAUUUCACAAUCACUAACAUUAGACAGACUGGAAUAACAGAAGCCCCGCCCCCAACAAGUGACAUGUGACCUGUGUGGUUCACUGUGACUGGAUCUCAAAAUCAACACUGGAGACACAGAUUAAUACCAGGUGUGUUUGGGGUCAGGUGACCAGGUGUGUUGGGAGGCAGAUGGACAGGUGUGUUGGGAGGCAGAUGGACAGGUGUAUUUGGGGUCAGGUGACCAGGUGUGUUGGGAGGCAGGUGGACAGGUGUGUUGGGAGGCAGAUGGACAGGUGUAUUUGGGGUCAGGUGACCAGGUGUGUUGGGAGGCAGGUGGACAGGUGUAUUUGGGGUCAGGUGACCAGGUGUGUUGGGAGGCAGGUGGACAGGUGUAUUUGGGGUCAGGUGAUCAGGUGUGUUGGGAGACAGGUGGACAGGUGUAUUUGGGGUCAGGUGAUCAGGUGUGUUGGGAGACAGGUGGAGGACUGGCUGCAGGUUGAGUCUCAGCUGAUGUUCCAUUCUCUUCUUUACUUUUCUCUGGUGUUUGCUGCGUCUGUAGCCAGUGGUUCUUCUUCGGUGGUGGUGGGGCGCAUAGUUUUAGCUCUUUGUGUUUGUGAAUGCAUGAUGAUGUCAUGAUGAUGUCAGAGGCGGACGCCGUCGUUCCGAAGCUCCACGGUCACACAUCAGGCGCUCUGGGAAUCUGAGCAGGCUUCCUCUUGAUUUUGUACGCAUCUCUGAAGUUUCAGGUCUGUUUGUAUAUAAUGGGACGCCUGUGUGUAUAUUUCUGGUUUCAUAUCCACCACUAGGGGGCGUGGCUCCCCAGCUCAGCUCUGAUCUCGCACUUCUGGACCAUUUUUCGGGGGAUGGGGGGUGGGGGGGGGGGGGGGGGGGGGGGGGGGGGGGUGGGGGGGGGGGUCGGGGUGUUGGGGGAAUGUCUUGACUUUUUAAUCAUCCAUCCGUCUGUCUCCAUCUUUUCUAUGAUUGUCUUUCUGAAGGGCUCGUUCAGACUUCAGGUGUUCACCUGGACCUGGGGUGGGGGUGGGGGUGGGGGUGGGGGGGGUAAAAGUGUUUUAUUGUUCUGUUUUCGGCGUUCAGUAACGUACUCGCCAUGAUGACUGACGUUAAGUUGAAACGUUCAUGUGACAAAGUUUUUGAGCCAAUCGUGUCUCUCAUGCAUUCCUGUCUCCGGACAGACAAACUGAAGAUUUUAAAAUGCAAAUAAACAUUUUAAAACAGAGACAAC